AUGGGUGGGCACUCUUUCUCCAUCCUCAUCCUUCUUCUGUGCACAAUAGCGCCCCCCCACCUUCCGGCGAGGGCUGCGCGCGACGUACUGGUGCUUCUUCGACCCUGGUAACGUGUCCUUCGGGAGAAAAAUUCGCUACCUAGGGAUAUGGUACAAUAAGAUCCCCAAAAGGACUGUGGUGUGGGUUGCUAACAGGAACAAACCUCUCAGCGACUCCGCCGCCUUCCUGACCGUGACCGAAGACAGGAACAUCGCCGUUGUGGACUCGAAUGGGAGCUCUGUCUGGUCCUCGGACGUGGUCAACGUCCCCAGCGGCGCUGCGGCCAUGCUUCUGGACUCGGGCAAUCUAGUUCUGAGACAAGGAAACGGGCAGGACGUCUGGCAGAGCUUCGAUCACCCCACCAACACUAUUCUGCCGGAGACGAAGAUUCGCUACAACGAGAAAACGUUCGUACCCCAGUCUGUUAUCGCGUGGACGGACGCCGACGACCCCUCUUUCGGAGACUUCUUCGUGGUGAUCGAUCUCCAAAUUCAAAUCUGGAGGGGAAAUCAGACCUUCUAUAGAAGCCCCGUUUUGGCAGGUCAUUCUAGCGUCGGGGCCUGGGGAGCAAGCUCUGUACGUGGAGUUCAGUGCGUGAUCAAGUUCUCAAGGCUGGAAGAUGAAGUCUUUUUCAAUUUCAGCAUCAUUGGGGCCUCUGCCCCAGCAAGGUUCACUCUGGAGCCCUCUGGAGAGCUGAAGAUGCUGCUGUAGAUGCAGGCAAGGAAUGAUUGGGUGCCAUUAUGGGCGAGACCAAGUGCGCUCUGUGACGUCUAUAGUCGCUGCGGGCCGUUCGGCACUUGCGAUGGCAGCGCGAAAUUGCCGGCCUGCUGGUGCCUACAGGGGUUUGAUCCGAAGAACCAGACCGAGUGGGCGAAGAGAAACUUCACCGGCGGCUGCGUCAGGAGGGCUCCGCUUUUGUUUAGUAUGGGAGACAGGUUUCUCCUGGCAGAGAGGUUGAAGCUGCCGGAUAGGUGGACGAUGAAAGGAAACAUGAGUGAAGCCGAUUGCAAGGUCGAGUCCCUGUCAAGUCACCAAUGCACUGCUUACGCUUAUGCCACCGCUCGCGUACGCCCAGAGGGCACUACGUGCCUGGUUUGGAGCGGAGAUCUCAUAGAUCUUGUGAUCCUCCAAACCGGUGGACCAACCUCAACAUACGGCUGGAGGCAUCAGAGCUGGGUAAGCAUGAUUUCAAUUUGUCGCAUGAGUUUUUAUUAUAGCACCCACAUGACAAACCAACAUGAUUCUGUGAUCCUGUUGGCUGAUAAGAGCGAGGAAUUAGUCAAAUUCCUGCCACCGGUACUAGCUGUCGGUGCACUCCUCGUAGGAGCUGGUUCCUAUUUCCUCGUUCUCAGAUCACGCGGUAAUAAGUUCUCCUGUAUGUUAUUUUCUACCAAGAACGGGUAGGGCAACUGACAAAUUUGUACGUCUCAAAGCCCGGAAGAGGACGUCCAGAAACAGCAUCUUGUUAGAGGACGUUGACUUCUGUGACACAUUUGAAAGCGACAAAGGCUUCUCGGAUGCGCCCCUAAUUACGGUGUGCGACCUGUAAUUUCUCAGACUCGAACAAGCUCGGCGAAGGGGGAUUUGGUUCCGUUUACAAGGUUAUUACCACCAACCGCGUAGGAUGAAUCGCUCAUUCUCUCCACCUUUCUUUCUUUCUCGAUGUACAUACAAAUAUAUAGAUAUAUUUAUAUAGGACAUGUACAUGUGACACUCUCUUCAGGGGAAGCUAGCGAGUGGGCAUGAGGUAGCUGUAAAGAGGCUCUCCAAGAGCUCCAUGCAAGGCCACCACGAGUUCGCCAAUGAAGUCAAACUCAUUGGCAGGCUCCAACACAAGAAUCUCGUUCGUCUGCUGGGCUGGUGCACCUACCAAGACGAGAAGAUUCUGAUCUACGAAUACAUGCCCAAUAAGAGCCUCGACAAGCUCAUCUUCGGUGGGCUUCUCUUCCCUGAAGUUCUAUGAAUCCAUUCUACCCAGAAGGAUCCAAACUUGGCAAUUUUUAUAAUUAAUUAAUUUGGUUUUGUUUUACUACUGAGAAACAGCUAGAUCGGCAGAACUCAGUUGGGAGAAGCGUUUCACUAUAAUCGAAAGGAUAGCCGAUGGCCUUCUCUAUCUGCAUCACCACUCAAGAAUGCGUGUCAUACACAGAGAUCUGAAGACGAGUAACAUACUCCUCGACAGCGAGAUGAACCCCAAGAUCUCAGAUUUUGGAUUGGCGAGAAUAUUUGAAAUAAACCAAACCGAAGGAAAUACUAGGAAGGUCGUGGGAACAUUGUAAGUUAUAAUCGAAUCCCGAAUCUUCUAUCGUUUGAUCCUCUCAUCGUUACCGAUUUUGCUUCCGUCGGCCUGUGUGUGCAGUGGAUAUAUGUCGCCGGAGUACGCGAUAGACGGCGUCUUCUCUGAGAAAUCCAAUGUCUUCAGCUUUGGCGUGAUCGUAUUGGAGGUCAUCCCUGGGAAGAGAAGCACGGGGUAUUAUCCAUGCAGGGAGUCGCUGAAUCUUCUUGGAUAUGUGAGUUCGAGCGAUUUGCUGUGCUGCUAGAUGAGGUUCAGUCCAAGGAAGUAGUUGCGGAAUAAUAUUUUUCUGCGGAUUUCUCUAUGAAUGUUUCCCAUUCCCUUACAAUUAAUAUGCUCGUGAGUCAAUGGUGCACGUGUGGAAACUGUGGAAAGAAGGCAGGGCCGUGGAACUUCUUGACCCGGCAAUUGGGAGCUCAUUCCAGGCCGACGAAGUGCUGAAGUGUAUCCAAGUAGGGUUACUGUGCAUCGAGGAAAAUUCGGUGGACAGACCUACCAUGAAUUCUGUCAUCUCCAUGCUGACAAGUAAAAACUAUGUGUUACCACUGCCGAAGAAACCUACUUUUUCGUUUGGAAUAAAUCUCAGGGUCUGCGCUGACAGAUCACAGAGAUCAACCAUUAUUGAGUUCACCAAGAGUACUUUGGAAGGACGCUGA